AUGCGCUCAUCUGUAUGCCGCAUAGCUCAAAGGACUCAAUUAAGCUCCUCAUUUGCUUCUCGUCCCUCAGUACGACGAUCGCUCUCUUCUGCUUCUGCUGAUGAAAUCUCCCAUUUCGAUGCACUCGCCGCAACCUGGUGGGAUACAGAAGGCUCCUCUGCCCUCUUACACAAGAUGAACCCCGCUCGCAUCAGCUUCAUGCGACGGCACCUCCUUGCUGCCUCUGACGCCUCACAGCAACUUCAAGCAUCAGGUUGGCUUGCUGGAAAGCGUGUACUGGAUGUAGGUUGUGGCGGUGGUAUAUUGACAGAAUCGCUGGCUCGCCUUGGUGGUCAGGUUUUAGGGAUCGAUGCCUCUCAGCGUGCCAUUACAGUAGCAAAAGAACAUGCUGCACGGCAAGGCAUCGCUGUGGAGUAUCAGCAAGUCUUGGCGGAGAAAUUGCUCGAACGAGUGAAGGAGGGGCAGGAAAAGCCAUUCCAGGUGAUUGCUGCCAUGGAAAUCAUUGAGCAUGUUGAACAACCUGCUCGAUUCCUCGAAACACUAUUGGGAUUACUGGAGGAGGAUGGAUGGUUGUUUCUCAGUACGAUUGAAAAGACGGUGUUUGCAAAACUGCUGACGUGUACGUUGGCGGAGGAUAUCUUACGGCUUGUGCCAAAGGGGACUCAUAACUACGACAAGUUUAUCCCUAAGCAAGCACUCAUGUCGUGGUGCAGACAAUUGGAUGUUCAGGUGGUGGAUACACGAGGGAUCAUCUAUGAGCCUUGGCGUGGAGCAUGGACUGUCUUGGAGCCUGGACAGACGUGGGGUGAGCAGUGCAACUACAUCAUGGCACUAAGAAAGCGAGCAUAGAAGAGAAAUGUCGUCUCCGUAUCUGUCAAAGGCAUGCAUGAACAUUGCAAGCAAGGCUUUCAUAGAGACGUGGGCGGAGCCUUGCGAAAGGUCCACUGGAGUGUUCUCCGGCAUGAGCAUUGAAGCAUGUGACGAUCUAGCUACAAAUGCAAGACUGAAAAGCAACGCUUGAGGUCCGAGUGGUUUCAUGUCUGGGUGGACAACCGAA